CCGUACUCUCGUGCGGUCUGUCUCGGCUUUUACAGCGGUUCUAUAUCUUUGUGCUAUUAUACGGCCGUUAUCUCCUCGCGUACACGGUCUGUCUGUCUACGCUACGUUCGUUUUUGAUUUCGCGGUUUGCACUUUGCACUGACUACGUCGCAAGUGAUAUUUUAUAUCUCUCACAGUCGAUCGGAUCUGCUCAGAAAUGGAAACGAUAGCCGAAGAGGCGAAUACGCCAAGUACAUCAUCUAAAUCCUUGAAUAAGGCACCAUGGCCGGCAUACAAAGAAAUUUUUGUAUUCGAACCUGAACUUAGUAAUGAGAAGAAUUAUGCAUUUACUUGCAAAUUAUGUUUAGGCAAAAAAAUUAUACAUGCUAGCAAAAGCUCCACAGCCAAUUUAAAGAAGCACAUAAGCAUUCUAAGGAAUGUACACAAUUGCACCGUAUAUUCUAGUUCAUUGAAUCAAAUCUCCAAUGUAAAAAUAGUAAAACAUCCACAUUCUUUAAAAGAUUUGGAAAAAGCUAAAUCUAAACUCACACAUAAUAAAUGUCAAUAUGAAGAAGACAUUAAUAAUCUGGAAUAA